AUGGAGAUCCGGGCGCCAGGCGCGGCUCAAGCGCUAGAAAUCUACGUGGAGGCGCGAGCAGCUGGCAAAAUGCCGACUGCCUCCCAGGUAAUCGCGGCAUUCAAGGCGUGCGGCAGCCUCAAUCGGCUAGAUACUGGCAGGGAAAUCCACGCGCAGCUCCUCCAAGAAUCUGUGGUGAUGGUCCAUCGAAAUACCUGCGUCGCCACGGCCCUGGUGGAUAUGUACGCCAAAUGCGGCAGCCUUGGGGAGGCGAUCCAGAUCUUCCAGACGAUGCAAUGCCGCCGGAGCGUCGUGACUUGGAAUUGUAUCAUCCUGGGCUGCGCUCACGCUGGCGAUUUCCAUCAGGCGCUAGAGCUUUACUCCAGGAUGGAUUGCCCGCCGAAUCACGUAACGUUCUUGGCAGCGCUCAAGGCUUGCAUUGGUGUGGCCGGAGAAGAAGAGAAAGUGAAAAAAGAAGAAGGCGGUGGUGGUGUGGAAAGAAUCCAGUGCCUGGGGAAGAUUAGAGUGCUACACAGGGAAGCUACACGGGAGAUGGUCUCUGGAAUUCACAUCUUCGUGGCCAACAGCUUGAUCACGGCCUACUCGAAGUGUGGAAGUUUACGGGAGGCUUUGGAUGUUUUCCAAGGAAUGAAAGAGCACAGCGUGGUUUCAUGGACGGAGAUCAUCAUGGCUUAUGCUGGAAAUGGAGGAGGAAAGAUGGCUCUCCAACUUUACGAUCAAAUGCUGGAGCAGGGAUUUUUUCCGAGCCGUGUAACUUUGCUGGCGGCUCUCAAGGCUUGCUGCUGCUCCAGUGUGACAGAGGAAGGGGCUGAUAAGACCUGGUGA